AUGGUAGAUUUCAAGUUGAAGAAGGAUGAUCCCUUUUUAAAAAACGUGUGGAAUAAGUAUAAGUUAGAUAAUGAUGAUUAUGGGAAAGAUGGACCUCAGCUUUUACAAUUAUGCAGUAGUUUUCAUAAUUCUAUCGAUAGGUCUCUAACGAUAAAAAUAGAUAUUUGUAUGCAAUUUUUAAGAAAUUUGAAGGAGCUUUAUAAUAGUAAUAUAACAAGCGGCUUUUUAAAACACUGUGACAAUAUAAACUACUGGUUAUAUUAUGCAAUAAAGGAUUAUAAUAUCCCUUAUAAAGAUAUUGAGAGUUUUUUUGAUGUAUCAAAUAAGAUAAUAAAGAAAACAAACGAAAAACCUGACUGUACUAAUUUGGAUCUCUAUAAUAACUUGAAUGAAACAGAAAAUUAUGUAAUGUUACAGAUGUUUAAUAAUAAUAUUGAUUAUAUUCAUGAUAUAUUAACCAAAAAAAAUUAUUCUGAAAUAUGUUUUUGUAAAAAAUUUAUCAACGCAUGUGUAUCCUUAUAUAAAAGUAUACAUGGAGCUUACUCAUCAGGUUGUAGUGGUAUGAAGACCAAUAAAUUAUUAACCUGUUUAGCAGUAAAUUCGUUUAAAGAUAUUUAUGAGAAAAAACGUUCCAAUGAAUGGAAAGAAUAUAAUUUACCAAAAUUAUCAUCUACUACUGCAAUAGAUAUAAAUAUUGAAGAAUGCGCGCUGCAGACAAAAGCAGAAGAAUUACGUUUAGAUAAAGGCGACCAAUCGGAUAGUUCUAUAUUAUUUCCAGUAUCUACAACACAAUCCGAUCCAGGAGAAAAAGCACUAUCUACAACUCUUGGAACAAUAGCUGGAGUAUCCUCCGUUUUAGCGCUUUUAUAUAAGGUUAUCACAAAUUUUUAUUUAAACAUAUGA